GUGAAGUACUGACAGACUGUUGGAGUUUACAGACGCUUUUUUAUCACUGUUUUCUUCUCUUGAGUCUUGAGUCGGUAUCCCUCCUGCCACACAGCCGGCAGACUGACUCCUCAGGCUGGGUUCUUGAGCUCCUGGUGCGCAUGGAACCUCCUCGGAAGGAGGCGAAGGAUAAUCCGUCGGCCUCAGCUAAUCUUCUCUCCAAGAUUUUCUUCUGUUGGCUGAAUCCCUUGUUCAGAAUCGGCUACAAGAGGAAAUUGGAGGAAGAUGACAUGUAUAAAGUUCUCCCCGAGGAUGCGUCCCAUAGACUUGGGGAGGAACUACAGUGGUACUGGAAUCACGAAGUUCAACAGGCGGCGAAAGAAAUGCGCCCGCCGAAACUUUCCAAAGUUCUUGUUCGGUGCUACUGGAAAUCCUACUCGCUAAUCGGAAUAUUCAUCUUCAUAGAGGAAGUGAUCAAGGUGAUUCAGCCGAUGCUCCUCGGGAAGCUGAUCGAAUACUUUGAGAGGAAUGAGCCGAUCGACACAGCUGCAGUCCACGAGGCCUACAUGUGUGCUGCAGGCAUCUCACUGUCGGCCAUGAUCCUGGCUGUGCUCCAUCAUCUCUACUUCUACCAUGUCCAGCGAGCAGGCAUGAAGAUCCGUGUGGCCAUGUGUCACAUGAUCUAUCGGAAGGCUCUGCAUCUUAACAACAAGGCAUUUGCCAAAACUACCACCGGACAAAUUGUCAACCUUGUUUCCAAUGACGUCAACAAAUUUGAUGAGGUAACCUUGUACUUGCAUUUUUUGUGGGUUGCCCCCCUACAAGCAGCUACUGUGGUAUGGCUGUUGAUGUAUACGAUCGGCCCAUCAUGCCUUGCGGGAAUGGCCGUCUUCAUCUUCCUGAUGCCGGUACAAACCAUGUUCGGACGUCUGUUCUCUAGACUAAGGGCUGAAACAGCAGUGUUAACAGACGAGAGAAUACGCACGAUGAAUGAAGUCGUCACUGGGAUCCGUGUGAUAAAGAUGUACGGGUGGGAGAAGCCUUUCGUUGCAUUGGUGGAUGAGAUCAGAAGAAUGGAAAUCUCUAAGAUCAUGAAAAGCUCCUACCUGCGUGGCCUGAACAUGGCGUCUUUCUUCGUCGCCAGCAAGAUCAUCAUCUUCAACACCGUGUGCGUUUACGUACUCACAGGGAACACGUUGUCCUCCAGCAGAGUGUUCAUGGCUGUUUCCCUCUACGGGGCCGUCCGGCUCACCAUCACACUCUUCUUCCCCUUCGCCAUAGAGAAGGUCUCGGAGUCUCUCAUCAGCAUCCAAAGGAUUCAGACUUUUCUGCUGCUGGAUGAAGUAGCUCCUCAACAUCUGGGACUUCCUGGGGUGGAGAAGAAGGACUGUGUGGUGAAGAUUCAGGAUUUAAUAUGCUACUGGGAUAAAAUGAUAGAGAAUCCAACUUUACAGAAUGUGUCUUUCACUGUGAGGCCCGAGCAGCUCUUGGCAGUAAUUGGACCUGUCGGUGCUGGAAAGUCCUCACUUCUCAGUGCCAUCCUGGGAGAACUGAGUCAGGAGAGCGGUGUAGUCAAAGUCAAAGGAGAGCUCAGCUACACUUGUCAGCAGCCCUGGAUUUUACCCGGAACGAUUCGAAGCAACAUCCUUUUUGGAAAAAAAUUCAACCCCAAGAAGUAUGAUCGAGUUCUGAGAGCCUGCGCCCUCAAGAGAGACAUAGACCUGUUGCCAGGUGGUGACCUGGCGAUGGUCGGGGACAGAGGGGCCAACCUCAGCGGAGGACAGAAGGCCAGGAUUAGUUUAGCCAGAGCAGUGUAUCAGGAUGCAGAUAUCUACCUGCUGGACGACCCACUCAGUGCUGUGGAUGCUGAGGUGGGCCGGCACCUCUUUGAAGAGUGCAUCUGUGGACUUUUGAGGAAGAAGCCUCGCAUCUUGGUGACGCACCAACUGCAGUAUCUGAAGGCUGCGGAUCACAUAGUGGUCUUAAAGGAGGGCCAGAUGGUGGCACAAGGGACCUACAGGGAGCUGCAGGGCUUCGGACUGGACUUCACCUCCCUGCUGAAGGAGGAGGAGGAGAACCAGGAGGAGGAGAGACGAGGAACAACUCCCAUCCCGGGGACUGUCUCCCGCUUCCCCCAUACACUGUCUGACAACUCCAUGUCCUCCAUGUCCUCCUUGUCCUCCCUCUCCUCCUCCCGUCACUCCCUGAUCGAAGGAGGAGAGCCACCUUCAGCGGUCGUGCGACCGACAGAGGAGGAGACGCGCUCAGAGGGAAACGUCGGCCUGCGUCUGUAUGUGCAAUAUUUCCUGGCAGGUGCUAACAUCCUGGUCCUCUUGGUGCUCCUGUUACUCAAUGCCUUAGCACAUAUCACAUUCGUGCUGCAGGACUGGUGGCUUGCUUGCUGGGCCUCUGAACAGAAGCACAUCAAUGUGACGGAGCACCUCAAUGGCAGCUUCCCUCGGCAGCUGGACCUUGACCUGUACCUAGGUGUUUACGCAGGGUUAACAGCCUCUUCAGUUGUUUUCGGCUUCCUCCGCAGCUUGGUUUUCUUUAAUGUCCUGGUGAGCUCGUCCCAAACGCUGCACAACAGCAUGUUCACCGCCAUCUUGCGGACCCCGGUGCACUUCUUCGACAUCAAUCCAAUCGGAAGAAUCCUCAACAGGUUUUCAAAGGACAUCGGUUACCUGGACUCUCUGCUCCCGUGGACGUUUGUGGACUUUAUCCAGGUUUUCCUCCAAGUCAUCGGAGUGAUCGUGGUAGCCGCAGUCGUCCUCCCCUGGAUCCUCAUUCCUAUCGUGCCUCUUCUCACCGUUUUCCUGUUUCUGAGAUGCUACUUCCUGCGAACCUCCAGGGACAUCAAGCGCCUCGAGUCUACCACUCGGAGUCCCGUCUUCUCGCACCUCUCCUCCUCUCUCCAAGGCCUGAGCACAAUCCGAGCCUUCAAGGUUCAGCAGAGGUUUCAGCAAAUGUUUGAUGAAUAUCAAGAUUUUCACUCAGGGGCCUGGUUCUUGUUCCUGACUACUUCUCGUUGGUUAGCUGUGCGCCUCGAUGGAAUCUGCUCCAUUUUUGUCACCAUCACAGCUUUUGGCUGCAUUUACCUCAGGGAUGGGUUGGAGCCAGGUGCAGUUGGCCUGACUCUGUCUUAUGCUAUUACGCUCACUGGCAUGUUUCAGUGGGGGGUCAGACAGAGCGCAGAGAUCGAGAACAUGAUGACGUCGGUGGAGAGAGUGGUUGAGUAUGCAGAGCUGGAGAGUGAAGCACCAUGGGAGACUGACAAACAGCUUCCACAUGACUGGCCGAGGAGAGGCUCCAUCACCUUCGACAGAGUCGCCUUCUCUUACAGUGCCACUGAGCCGUUGGUCCUGAAGAACCUGACUGUUGUCUUCACAUCCAGAGAAAAGGUUGGCAUCGUCGGACGCACUGGUGCCGGUAAAAGCUCCCUGAUCUCUGCCUUGUUCCGGCUGGCAGAACCUGAGGGAAGAAUAAGGAUUGACGGUGUUCUGACCUCCACCAUCGGACUGCACACUCUGCGCCAGAAAAUGUCCAUAAUACCACAGGACCCAGUUCUCUUCACGGGGACCAUGAGGAAGAAUCUGGACCCUUUCAGGCAGCACACAGAUGAGGACCUGUGGAAUGCACUCCAAGAGGUGCAGAUGAAGGCUGUGGUAGAGGAGCUGCCCAAUAAGCUGGAGACGCUGCUGAUGGAGUCGGGCUCGAACUUCAGUGUGGGCCAGAGGCAGCUGGUGUGUUUGGCGCGGGCCAUCCUCCGCAAAAACCGCAUCCUCAUCAUUGAUGAGGCCACGGCCAACGUGGACCCAAGAACUGACAGCCUCAUCCAGCAGACGAUCCGGGACAAGUUUCAGGAGUGUACGGUGCUCACCAUUGCUCACAGGCUCAACACGAUCAUUGACUGUGACAGAAUACUGGUUCUGGACGCCGGCCGGAUCCGGGAGUAUGACGAGCCAUAUGUGCUGCUGCAGAACCAGGAUGGGCUCUUUUACCAGAUGGUCCAACAGACAGGCCGAGCCGAGGCCGCCUCCCUGCUGCACACAGCCAAACAGGUUUACGCGAACAAAAAGCGGCUGACAGAUGGGUGCCGUGCCAAGGACAUCCGUGUCAUCUUCGAGACGUCUCUUUGACGGUUUGGAGAGGCGCUGUGGCCGUCACUGACCAGAAAUCCUUUAACCAGACACACUCAAGUUCCUUUCACUGUGCAGUCACACAUUCAAAUGUAUUCAGACGUCCAGCAGACGUAGUGCGGUGUGUGCCGCGUUCGAUUGUCAUAGUGUGGAGCCGAGAAGAGGCGAGUAUCCGAGGCAGCCUGUGCCUUUUAUUGACAGCAUAUCACCGCGAGGCUGUUUAUCGAUCGCACUCUCCACAAUGUUUAUUUAUGUGCGCUCUGGCCUCUUGGGUAACUUCACUCCUGCACCGGCGCAGACUAGAGUGCAGAUGUCGGGUGUGUUUACCCUGGUGCAAUAAAUUAUUAGUGGCUUAAAUUAUUCUUGUAAAGAACUAGGGUCUAUUUUUUAUCAUUUGGGCAAAACAGAUUGACACGACAAGGAGAGACUGAGCGGAGACAGACGUGUUUUCAGUCAUUAUCAUUGUGCCUUAAUCAGACUAUUGAUUCUCUGUAAUUGCACUGUCUUCCUGCACUUUGACCACAGUGGUUUUCUGUCUACCUCAGGAAAGAGCAGUGAAGUCAAAAUGUCUUUUAUUGGCACACAAGGAGACGCGGGGUCAGAAGUUUUAAUUUGUGGCCGAUUUUGUUGUUUUGUUUCAAUGUAAAAUCAACUUUCCCACGUAAAGCUUUUAAUAAAUUAGCUGUGAAAAUGUAGCACUUUCUACUUUGGCAAGUUCAAUGUGACAAUAUAUAGUUGUGUAUUUAAUUAAUGACAUAUUUGUGUAUGUUUUUUAAACACGCUAAAGGUUAUUCCCCUUG